AGAGAAAAUUUUGAAAUGAGAAAUUUAAAUUAUCUCAGUUAAUCAUCUGAUCUUUUUUUCUCUGUAAUUUAAUUUCUUGGAAUUUUAGAUUAUUUUUUGUUAUGUUCUCUGGGAUUAGAAGGGGUAUUUUGAAGGAAUCAAAGGAAAUUGUUACCAAGGGAAUUACUUGUUCUUACAUUUGAUUCGUUUGUUGAUACAGAAUUUUUUUUUCUCCUCUUGUUGUUGAUUCUGUUUAUUGAUGUUGAUUGGAAAACUUAAUUCUUUUCACUGGAAGAGUUUAUUACUUAAUCGUAUUGGUGUUAACUUAUUGUCUCCCAGUUUUCUUGGUUGUUGCUGUCCAAUGGCUAAUUCACGAUUUGAAUAUGUACGAACCUUUGAAGAGGCAAGUGAUCCGGUUUUGGUGAGAAAUUGUUACAUUGCUGUUAGAAUUGAUGGUCAAAAAUUUCACCAAUUCUCAAAAGUUCAUAAUUUCCAUAAACCCAAUGAUAAACGAGCAUUGGAUCUCAUGGUUGAAGCUGCUACUGGGGUCAUGAAGUCAUUUUAUCCAUCAAUUAAAAUAGCCUAUGGUCAGAGUGACGAGUUUAGUUUCAUUGUAUCAAAAUCGUCCGAUAUAUUUAAACGAAGAGCUAACAAGCUGAUUUCUCUGAUUGUUUCAACUUUUACUUCAUUUUAUGUUUACAAUUGGACAAAUUACAUGGUAAAUGUUGACCUUAAAUAUCCACCAGCGUUUGAUGGUCGUUGUGUUAUCUAUCCUGGAACAAAGGAAAUAAUUGACUAUCUAAAAUGGCGACAAGUUGAUUGUCACAUCAACAAUUUGUACAAUACAACUUUCUACUGUUUAACUGGUGAAUAUAAUUCAUGUGAAAUUAACGAGAAAGGUGAAACUUUAUUCAAUCCCCUGGUCAAUGAGAAAUUACAACUUCCACUCCCGAUGAACCAUCAAGAAGCUCAAAUCAGAUUAAAAGGAACCGUGAGCAGCGAUAAACAUGAUAUGUUCCUCAAAUAUGGAGUUAAUUACAACAAUGAGAUGGAACAAUUUAAAAAAGGUUCUCUUCUAAUCUUGGAACGUGACAAUGAUAAUCCAACUAAAGAAAAUGAAUUGAAAAAAUUAUCCAACAAAAGGUUAACAACAAAUUCUGAACAAAUCAAGAUCCAACGUCUUCACAUUGAUAUAGUGAAAAGUUCAUUCUGGAUGGAUAACAAUUACCUAUUAGAAUAACAAUUGUUUCAACUAAUUAAUCUCUUCUUUAAAUUGUUAAAAAUGAACACACGAAUGUCUUGGAAUAUAUUCCAAUAUCAAUUCUCUUGGGAAAGAGUUGAUUUUGUGGUGAUGGUGUUAAUAGUUAAUCGACGCUGAUUCUAAGCUGAUUUCCAGCUGAGUUUCUAUCGGAAAAUUUGAUUCAUUCUGAAUUCUGGCGAUAAACAAGAAUCAAGGAGGAAAAAGAGUUACAAUUAACGCAAACUCAGUUUAAAUUGUUUUGAUUUUUUGUUCAGAAAAUUGAAUAACAUCAAACACAAAGAGUUUGUAUGUAAUGAUAG